AUGCUGCAGGGCCUCCAAGUGGAGAAUCAAGAUCUGCGAGGCGACUGCCAGGAGCUGCACGCGGCUGCGUCAUUGAAGGAGGUCGCCCAUCACAGAGCGCAAGAGGAGCUCUUCGACGCGCGGCAGGUGGUCCAUAGCCUCGAGGCGGACAAGCGGACGCUCGAGGACAGCCGUCAGGUGCUCCAGGCGACCCUGGCCGAGAAGGAGGCGGCGCACUGCGCUGCGCAGGAGGAGCUGGCGCGGGCGCGGCACGCCCUGGAAGACGUCGAGGCCGACAGGCGCAAGCUCCAGGGAGGCCGCAGGGAGCUGGAGGCGACCCUGUCGUCCCGCGAGCGCGCGCAUCAGAUUGCCCAGGAGGAGCUGCUGCACGCGCGGCAGGCGCUCAGGGAUCUCGAGUCGGAGACGCAGCUGGUCCAGAGCGACCACGGGAAGCUGAAGGCGGUCCUGGCCGCAGAGGAGGCCGCGCGGCGGAAGGCGCAGGAAGAGCUCCAGCAGGCGCAGCGGACGCUUCGAGGCCUCGAGUCUGACCAUCAGAAUCUCCAGGGUGGCCAUGGCGAGCUUCAGGCAACACUGGCCUCCAAGGAGCAUGCCGUCCAUAGGGUGCAGCAGGAGCUGUCCCAGGCGCAGCACGUGCUACAUAGCCUCCAAGAAGAGAAUCGAGGUCUGCGGGGCGACUGUCAGGAGCUGCACGCGGCUGCGUCACUGAAGGAGGUCGCCCAUCACAGAGCGCAAGAGGAGCUCUUCGACGCGCGGCAGGUGGUCCAUAGCCUCGAGGCGGACAAGCGGACGCUCGAGGACAGCCGCCAGGUGCUCCAGGCGACCCUGGCCGAGAAGGAGGCGGCGCACUGCGCCGCGCAGGAGGAGCUGGCGCGGGCGCGGCACGCCCUGGAAGACGUCGAGGCCGACAGGCGCGAGCUCCAGGGAGGCCGCAGGGAGCUGGAGGCGACCCUGUCGUCCCGCGAGCGCGCGCACCAGACUGCGCAGGAGGAGCUGCUGCACGCGCGGCAGGCGCUCAGGGAUCUCGAGUCGGAGACGCAGCUGGUCCAGAGCGACCACGGGAAGCUGAAGGCGGUCCUGGCCGCAGAGGAGGCCGCGCGGCGGAAGGCGCAGGAAGAGCUCCAGCAGGCGCAGCGGACGCUUCGAGGCCUCGAGUCUGACCAUCAGAAGCUCCAGGGUGGCCAUGGCGAGCUUCAGGCAACACUGGCCUCCAAGGAGUAUGCCGUCCAUACGGUGCAGCAGGAGCUGUCCCAGGCGCAGCACGUGCUACAUAGCCUCCAAGAAGAGAAUCGAGGUCUGCGGGGCGACUGUCAGGAGCUGCACGCGGCUGCGUCAUUGAAGGAGGUCGCCCAUCACAGAGCGCAAGAGGAGCUCUUCGACGCGCGGCAGGUGGUCCAUAGCCUCGAGGCGGACAAGCGGACGCUCGAGGACAGCCGCCAGGUGCUCCAGGCGACCCUGGCCGAGAAGGAGGCGGCGCACUGCGCCGCGCAGGAGGAGCUGGCGCGGGCGCGGCAUGCCCUGGAAGAUGUCGAGGCCGACAGGCGCGAGCUCCAGGGAGGCCGCAGGGAGCUGGAGGAGGAGCUCCUGCAGGUGCGGCAGGCGCUCCGGGACCUCGAGUCGGAGGCGCAGUCGCCCCAGAGCGAUCGAGGCGCGCUGCAGGCGGCCCUUGCCACGGAGGAGGCCGCGCAGCGAGCGGCACGGGGAGGCCUCCUGCAGGCGCAGCUGGCACUCCGGGGCCUCGAGUCCGACAAGCAGGAGCUCCAGGGUAGCCAGGGCGAGCUCCAGGCUGCCCUGGCCUCGAGGGAGGAUGCACUGCGGGCCCUGCAGCAGGAGCUCGUCCAGGCACAGCAGGUGCUCCAGGGCCUCGAAGAAGAGAACGUUGGCCUGCGAGCCGACUGCCAGGAGCUGCACGCGGCCGCUUCGCUGCAGGACGACGCCCAUCGCGCGUCGCAGGCGGAGCUCCUCGACGCACGGCGGGUGGUCCACGGCCUCGAGGUGGACAGGCGGCACCUGCAGGACGGCGGCGCACCGCGCGACCGAGCGGCGGCAGCCCGGCGCGGGCGGGGCGCAGCCAGACGGCGAUCGGCGGGAGCGGGAGGCCACCCUGGCGCUGCAGGAAUCGGGGCGCCCCGCUGCGCGGCGGAGGAGGGGCCGCUCCCGGGCCUCGAGGCCGAGCGGCCUUCUCUCGAGGGCGUCCGCCGGCAGCCGGAGGCGGCCGGGCGCUCGCGCGGGGGCGCGUGCAGCGUGGUCCAG